CAGGGCAGCAUCCCCCGGGGCUGGGGGAAGCCGGCUCAGACAAAAGGCUGUGGGCAGGGCAGCGGCCGCCGCCCCGGGGUACCCCCACACCUCCGGUACCUGGUUUGCGGGUGCGGCCCGCCGGAGAGGGGGGUCAUUCGGUUAGAGGGAUGUUAUUGAGUGGAAUCGCUGGAAAUGCGGGGAAAUGCGGCGGUGGGCGCCCGGCUCCCCAUUGGCCGGGCCGGUCACAUGCCCGCCUAACUUUAUUCAGUUGACAGCAAGUAGGAGGGCUCUAUGGCAGGGGAAAAAAAGACAACACGAGAAAAAUUAGUAUUUUCUACCUUCAGAAAUUAAUGGCCAUGAGUUCGUAUAUGGUGAACUCUAAGUAUGUGGAUCCCAAAUUUCCUCCUUGCGAGGAAUAUUUGCAGAAUAGCUACUUAGGCGAGCAGGGGGCCGAGUACUACAGUGCCUCGCAGGGCGCUGAUUUCCAGCACCAGGGACUCUACCCACGGUCAAACUACAGCGAGCAGCCCUUUAGCUGUAGCAAUGCCCAGGGCUCUGCCGGGCAGCCGCGGGGUCACGGACAGGAGCAAUCCGGCCCGGCGAGCCACUUCCCUGGCCCAGCAGAGCAUUGUCCACCGCCUCCAAUGUCCAACUCGCGAGCCUGCAGCCAGCAGCCGGCCCUCAAACCCCCAAACGGCUCCGCAGUUAAGCAGCCAGCAGUAGUUUAUCCCUGGAUGAAGAAAGUCCAUGUUAACUCGGUGAAUCCCAAUUACAACGGAGGGGAACCUAAACGCUCCCGCACAGCUUACACCAGACAGCAAGUCCUAGAACUGGAAAAAGAAUUUCAUUUUAACAGGUACCUGACCAGGCGCCGCCGUAUCGAGAUAGCCCACACUUUGUGUCUCUCUGAGCGCCAGAUCAAGAUCUGGUUUCAGAACAGAAGAAUGAAGUGGAAAAAAGAUCACAAACUGCCCAACACGAAGGGCAGAUCUUCUUCCUCUGGUUCAAACCCCCAUUUACAAACUGGUUCCAAGGACCAUCAGACUGACUUGACAACUUUGUAGAAGAGGUGAAAUUUUCCAUUUCAUCCUUCGCUUCUGACCAGUACUGUACAUAACUGACACUGCCCAAGCAGAACCUGCAUGUAGCAGCUAAGGACACGAGAAACUGUCAUCUUUCUUUAAGGUACUGUUGUACAAAGGAGACAAAAUGACGCUACUUUGGACUUUAUUUUAUUUGCCUCUGCUAGCACAACAUAAAAAAGGAAAAAAAAAAAAGGCAAGAAAGAGAGAGGGAA